GGGGACUGUCGCAAUUCACGUGGGGAGCUCCGACCUUGGAAGCUCUGACUUUUCCCAGCUACAUCACUCCUCAAUUUCCUCCGACGCUUCUGUCGACUGCUCAGUAACGAUGUCUCCGGCAGCAGAAGAAGCUCCUCUACUGCCUCAAGUGAAUCCGGCCUCACCGCGGACGACCAGGGCAUCCCGGUCGGUGACGUUCAACCCGCUGACGACAAUCAGUACCUACGGCGGUACCACCUCCUCCGAUCCUACCUUUCGCCCUCUUCAGACCGGCUCUCCUCCCGUUCAGAAUAUCAAUGCUACAGGAGGGGCUCCUCGACCGGGCAGUCAGCCCAUGCUGUCCGCCUUGAACAGCAAACUCCGUCGUCGCAACAGUCACGGCGCUCCCUUGACUACGCCGCCCCCGGCUGCCCCCAAGAUUGGACCGCAGCGUACAACCAAGAAAGCACAGAAGCUUAAGCUCCUCCCAGACCCAGUAACCGCUGAAGAAGAGGAGAGUUUCGAUGGGGAUUUCCCUCGAGACGUCUAUUCACAGAUCACCCGCAUCAAAGAGCCCGCAGCUCGCAGCCAUGCCGCACGACUGGGAAAAGCCGACCGUGAUCGCAUUCCACGAGUCACGGCAUACUGCACAGCCAAUUCCUAUCGACUGGAGGGCGUGGUCAAGUUCCUGAAAUCCCGUGCCAAAACCCGUGGGGCGAACCCCAAGCUGUUCGACGAGUGCGUCUACUCCCCAUUCGAUUACCUGUAUGAAGAGAAGCAAAAGGGAAGCCGGUUCUUCCCUACCGCAGGAGGCAAUGGACACCAUGAGCGACGAGCGAGCGAGCGGAGAUACUCAGAUAGUGCGGUGGAAGUCGAUGAUAACACAAAAACCCGACGGGAAGAUCUCAUCGACUUCCACGAGGAAGCUGGCCGUCCCGGUGAUGUCAGCUCCGAACAUGCAGUGUCUGCUCCACAAUCGGACGAGGCCUUUGAGAUCGACACCACCAUUCAUACCCCCGAGAUCUUUCUGUUUGACUAUGGCACCGUGGUGAUAUGGGGCAUGACGCCAGCACACGAAUCCCGGUUCUUGUCUGAUAUUUCGAAAUUUGCAUCCUCAAUAUUGAGUCCGGACGAUACUCAGAUUGAGAAUUUCAAUUUCUACUAUGCACGAGAGUACCAGGCAAGGAUAUACAAUGACUUCAUCUCGCUACGAGAACCUCGGAACCACAUGAUCAAGCUGGCCAUCUCGCAUGCGCUAGCUCAGUCGGUCAAGACGUCACUAUUUGAAGACCUGCUGUCAGAAACCAUCGCUGACACGGCACCGCUACCGGCUCAGAUUGCGCAGACUGGCAGUGUCAACCUCACACGCAAGCAGAUCAACAUGCAGAUCGGCGAGUUGUUCAUUCUGCGAAUCAAUAUUCACUUGCAGGGAUCUGUCCUCGAUAGUCCUGAGCUUUUCUGGGCCGAACCACAGCUCGAACCCGUCUACCAGGCAGUCCGGAGUUACUUAGAAAUGGAUCAGCGUGUCAGUCUACUUACUGAGCGAUUGGAUGUCAUCGCCGAUCUUCUGGCCGUGCUUAAGGAUCAGUUGACCCACCGUCAUGGUGAAUAUCUUGAAUGGAUUGUCAUCGUUCUAAUUGCAGCCGAGAUCUUGGUCGCCGCCAUCAAUAUUGUCGUCGACUUGUAUGCGGGUGUCGACUAAGCUGAGGGGCUUAACGAUUGAGAAGGCAAAUUGCAAGAACAUUGAGAAGCUAGAACUCUGCGUGCUACUUGUUCGACAUGCGAGCGAUGGGGUACAAUGCCACACUAAACAUCAACCCUGUUCCGGUCCAUGACUACAAUCCCAUGUGGCCACAAGUCCGGCAUCAGCCCUUUACUCUGAGGCUCUCCAUCUCCUCAACUUUCAGGUCACGUUUGCUAGUGUACAACCUCUGCAACACAUCCAUUUCCUCGACAUCUCCAUGUACUACCAUUUGAUCAGCCAACUAUCUUCCCCGUACGUGAAGGAGUGGCUAUCCCGUCAUUACUACAAUAAUUCUGUCCGUCUAUUCACCGGUGUUAGAGUUAGUCUACAUUCUUUUCUUUCCGGGGAAACGGAGUCAAGGCGCUGAUCUUGCGCUGUAAAUGGAAUAUUCAUGUUCAUACAAUCACCAAUGCCUACGUACCUGAUUUCCUAUGCCACGUCCUGGCCUUCGCGUUCCGUUUGGGUGCUCAAGUUACUCACUGAGCAUGAAGCCUGACGAGCACCCUUAUAAAACGCAACACGCUCGCCGUGUCCACGAAUAUCCCUUCCUUGUACUGCGCAGAUUGCCCCUAGCUCCAACGCUCCUUUCGAAGACAACUAAGACUUUGCUACUUUACCGUUCUCAUUAACAACACAGCAGUGCGAGAUAUCGCUGCAUUGACUGCC